CAGAGAGGACACCUUUAGCCGCCACGUGGAGGACUCGAACACCGACUGGUGGUGUUCCUCCCGCUCACACCCUCUGACAGCGUGACACCCCUGUAAGCACAUGUGAAGACUUGUGAAGUGAGAGAAGAAAAAGAAAACUGGGAAAGCAACUACACCUUGGAAAAAGACGAGAAAUAACAACUGCCAGGUUUAUUUGGUAUCCCUCUCUACUCUUGAAUUGCACCAGAGAAAGUGAUGCUCGGGUGGCUUAACUCAUGAACUGUGAACCAAGUGCAUCAAAGAGGGAGGAGAGAAAGAAAAAGAAGAAGAGGGGGAAACAUGCAACCCACAAAGAAGAGAGAGGUUGUGUAUAAAAGCUUGGGGAGCACGAAGAAGAUGAGAGGGAGGAGAUGGAGGUUUAGUAGCUGUGGAUAUUCAAGGCACAGUGCUCAGUGAGAGAGAGAGUGACUUACUGAGCAGUGUGUCUGUCUCUGUGCUUCUCAGUCGGCUCAAAGCAGCUCUGCGCUAUACUCAACAGGAACACUGCACUCCAGAGACUAUUGCUUGUUUCUUUGUUUUCUUUGUCUGCAAGCCUUUUCUUUUUUCCUCUCUCCACCUCUCUCGCUUUCUUCUGUUGUUCUUUUCUUGCCCACUCUCUUUUCUUGAUAUUAUUUUGUCUCCAUGUUAAAGUCCCUUUCACCCUGAUCUUUAUAUCCCACCCUCAAACCCCCUCCUUCUCCUCCUCCCCUUCGCUCUCUCCCUCCAUCCCUCGCUUUCUCUUCCCUUGUUUCCCUGUUUCUCUCCCUCUCUCUCUCCCCGCGUGGAGGGAAAACAGCAUCAACAGCCGAGCCACAGUAACAGCACAUGCAACAGGGUGCAGACAGCACCUUCUGCUGCUUCUCCACCUCUCCUCUCUGACUCUCGUCCCUCCCAGAGGAAGGCUACAGGGAAGAAAAGAAGAGCACAGGAGUGCAGCAGCUCAGGUGAAGAUCUGCUGUCUCGCUCUCUUUGAUCAAGAGCUCAGGAGAAGGAAAAAAGUCCAAGAAACUGGAGUCAAAAUCUUCCCCUGAGAACACUUAAAGAAAAAGGAGAGAAACUGAGCGGAUCAGGAGGAAGCAGAAGAAUUAAGAAUGAAGUGGAGACGCCACCUGUUGCACCAGUUUUAUUAGAGAACUCAGCGUGGCUGCCCCACUUCCCACAUCUCUUUGACCAAAUUUUAUUUUUAACACCAAUGGCUUCCAAGAAGAAGUGGGCCGAGCGGAGGGAGCUGCAAAGAGAGCGGCCGUUCUCCACCCGGGAUGAUUCAUCUGUUGCGUCCGGGACAUCUGGGCCGGGGCGUCCCACCACCAGGGGGCGGUUCUCAGAGUCGUGGAAGAGGCUCAGCUCCCGAGGGGGGUCCACCAAGAGGGGGGUGCUCAACUCUCAGCAGCCACCGGCACAGAAAUCGUGGAUAGAAAGAGCAUUCAGCAAGAGAGAAUGUGUUCAUAUCAUAGUGAGCGCCAAAGACCCCCAUAGGUGCUGUUGUGGUCGUCUGAUAGGUCAGCAUGUGGGCCUGCCCCCUGGCAUCUCAUCCAGUCAGAAUGAUAAGGCAGAGCGUUUGGCCAAGAAUGACAGCCUGUCAGAGAAGUGGUCCAUCAGCAAGCACACACAGCUCAGUCCCACCGAUGCCUUCGGCACCAUCGAGUUCCAGGGAGGAGGACACUCCAACAAAGCCAUGUACGUUCGAGUGUCUUAUGACACCAAGCCUGACUUGCUGCUCCACCUGAUGACCAAGGAAUGGCAGCUGGACCUGCCCAAACUGCUAAUCUCAGUCCACGGGGGCCUGCAGAACUUUGAAUUACAACCCAAACUCAAACAGGUCUUUGGCAAAGGGCUCAUCAAGGCUGCCAUGACAACAGGAGCCUGGAUAUUCACUGGUGGGGUCAACACAGGUGUGAUUCGCCAUGUAGGUGAUGCACUGAAAGACCACGCCUCCAAGUCAAGGGGGAAGAUCUGCACCAUUGGCAUCGCCCCGUGGGGCAUCGUGGAAAAUCAAGAGGAUCUUGUUGGCAAAGAUGUGGUGCGUCCAUACCAAACCAUGUCCAACCCGAUGAGCAAGUUGACGGUUCUAAACAGUCUCCACUCCCACUUCAUCCUGGCAGACAAUGGCACCACGGGAAAGUACGGCGCUGAGGUCAAACUCCGACGCCAGCUAGAGAAACACAUCUCUCUGCAGAAGAUCAACACACGUAUUGGUCAGGGUGUGCCGGUGGUGGCUCUGAUUGUGGAGGGAGGUCCUAAUGUGAUCUCCAUUGUGCUGGAGUACCUCAGGGACACUCCUCCAGUUCCAGUGGUGGUGUGUGACGGCAGUGGCAGAGCAUCAGACAUCUUGGCCUUUGGACACAAAUACUCUGAGGAGGGAGGCAUAAUUAAUGAGUCGCUAAGAGACCAGUUGCUGGUGACCAUCCAGAAGACAUUCACCUACAGCCGCACUCAGGCCCAACAUCUGUUCAUCAUUCUCAUGGAGUGCAUGAAGAAGAAGGAGCUGAUAACAGUUUUCCGGAUGGGGUCGGAGGGACAUCAGGACAUUGACCUUGCCAUCCUCACUGCAUUACUCAAAGGUGCCAACGCCUCUGCUCCUGACCAGCUAAGUUUAGCUCUGGCGUGGAACAGAGUGGACAUCGCCCGCAGUCAGAUCUUCAUCUAUGGACAGCAGUGGCCUGUCGGUUCCCUGGAGCAGGCGAUGCUGGAUGCCUUAGUUCUGGACAGAGUGGACUUUGUAAAGCUCCUGAUUGAAAACGGAGUCAGUAUGCACCGUUUCCUCACACUCUCCAGAUUGGAGGAGCUCUACAACACGAGACAUGGACCAUCCAACACGCUGUACCACCUUGUACGAGAUGUCAAAAAGGGAAACCUGCCCCCGGACUACCGCAUUAGCCUCAUCGACAUUGGCCUGGUCAUUGAAUACCUCAUGGGCGGAGCUUACCGGUGUAACUACACCAGGAAGAGAUUCAGAACUCUGUACCACAACCUGUUUGGACCCAAACGGCCCAAAGCCCUGAAACUGCUGGGGAUGGAGGACGACAUGCCAAUCCGCAGAGGCCGCCAGAAGACCACGCGCAAACGAGAGGAAGAGGUCGACAUCGAUUUGGACGACCCGGAAAUCAACCACUUCCCUUUUCCCUUCCAUGAACUGAUGGUGUGGGCCGUCCUCAUGAAACGUCAGAAGAUGGCGCUGUUCUUUUGGCAGCAUGGCGAAGAGGCCAUGGCUAAGGCUUUGGUAGCCUGUAAGCUUUGUAAGGCUAUGGCGCACGAAGCCUCGGAGAACGAUAUGGUGGAUGACAUCUCCCAGGAACUAAACCACAACUCUAGAGAGUUUGCCCAGCUGGCGGUGGAACUCCUCGACCAGUCCUAUAAACAAGAUGAGCAGAUGGCCAUGAAGCUGUUGACAUACGAGCUGAAGAACUGGAGCAACGCCACCUGUCUGCAGCUGGCGGUAGCGGCCAAACACAGGGAUUUCAUCGCUCACACCUGCAGUCAGAUGCUGCUGACCGACAUGUGGAUGGGACGCCUGCGUAUGCGGAAGAACUCCGGUCUGAAGGUGAUCUUAGGGCUACUACUGCCUCCGUCCAUCCUGAGUCUGGAGUUCAAGAACAAGGACGAGAUGUCGUACAUGCCCCAGGAUCAGGAGGCCUACCUGCAGGAGAAGGAGGAGGAGGAGCCUGAGAAACCGGUCAAGGAGAAGGAGGAUGAAGACAUGGAGUUCACAGUAAGAUCUUACUGUGAGACGCAGUACAACUCCGUGGCAAUGCUGGGUAAGGUUACCACGGAGACAUCCAGAAAGAAGGAUGUUGAGGAGGUUCAGAACCGCCACCGCCUCAUCCCCAUGGGACGCAAAAUAUAUGAGUUCUACAACGCGCCGAUUGUCAAGUUCUGGUUCCAUACGAUGGCAUAUGUGGGCUACCUCAUGUUGUUCAACUACAUCGUCCUGGUGAAGAUGGAUCUGUGGCCGUCUCCUCAAGAGUGGAUCGUCAUCGCUUACAUCUUCACUAACGGCAUCGAGAAGAUGAGAGAGAUUCUGAUGUCAGAGCCAGGGAAGUUGUUACAGAAGGUGAAGGUGUGGCUCCAGGAGUACUGGAACAUCACAGACCUCAUGGCUAUCCUCAUAUUCUCGGUCGGCAUGGUUCUGCGUCUCCAGGAGCCGCCGCUCAUGAGCUACGGCCGAGUCAUCUACUGCGUCAACAUCAUCUAUUGGUACAUCAGGCUGCUCGACAUCUUUGGAGUCAACAAGUACCUGGGUCCCUACGUGAUGAUGAUUGGCAAAAUGAUGAUCGACAUGAUGUAUUUUGUGAUCAUCAUGUUGGUGGUGCUGAUGAGUUUUGGGGUGGCGCGUCAGGCCAUUCUCCACCCGAACGAGGACCCGUCCUGGAUGUUGGCUCGGAACAUCUUCUUCAUGCCUUACUGGAUGAUCUACGGAGAGGUGUUCGCAGACCAGAUCGACCAUAUGCAUAGUAGGAAGUUACAGCACAGGCUGAAUGAAAAACUCUGGCUGGGCGAAAAUUACUUUCGAACUCACGGAACCUGGCGUAUUAAUGGUCCAUCCCACAUUGGCCAGUGCAGUCAAAAUCCCACUCCCUGUGGGCAGAACAUCACAACAGAGGACGGGGGGGUGGUGGCCCUGCCUCCCUGUAAGACGGGUGCCUGGAUCGUCCCGGCCAUCAUGGCGUGCUACCUGUUGGUCGCCAACAUACUCCUGGUCAACCUUCUCAUAGCUGUGUUCAAUAACACAUUCUUCGAGGUGAAGUCCAUCUCCAACCAGGUCUGGAAGUUCCAGCGCUACCAGCUCAUUAUGACCUUCCACGAGCGGCCAGUCCUCCCUCCACCACUCAUCAUCUUCAGUCACAUAACCAUGGUCCUCAAGCACCUGUGCUGUCGCUGGCGCAAGCACGACGACGACGAGAGGGACUAUGGAUUGAAGCUUUUCAUCACAGAGGACGAGCUGAAGAAGGUCCAUGACUUUGAGGAGCAGUGUAUAGAGGAGUACUUCAGGGAGAAAGAUGACAGAUUCCACUCUUCAAAUGAUGAGAGGAUCAGAGUCACCUCUGAAAGGGUGGAAAACAUGGCCAUGCGUCUGGAGGAAGUCAAUGAGAGGGAACACUUCAUGAAGGCGUCUCUGCAGACUGUUGAUAUUCGUCUGGCACAAAUGGAGGAGCUGAUCGGCCGAAUUGCCGUAGCUCUGGAGCGCGUGACAGGUGUCGAACGGGGUGAGGUCAACAAAGUGCGUUCCAGGACUUCAUCUGACUGCACAGACUCUGCAUACAUUCUCCGCCAUGGUGAGUGCCAUGAUGCAACAUACAUCCUUCGCCAAAGCAGCUUUAACAGCACAGAGGGGAAUGCCUACCGUAUGCAGGAGGCACUGGAGGGAACAGCUGAGGGCUCCAUGUCCCCUCCGUCUCCUACUGGCAUGGCCACACGGACAAGAAGCCACUCGUUUUAUGUUCGUGGAGGUGAACGAGCAAGUGGAGCUGAAAGAGCCGAGAGCUUCUUCAAAGAGCGCUCGCUCAGUCUCCACAGAGCCAACAGCUCGCAAUCUGUGUCCUCAGUUGCUGCCCCCAAGGAGUCUAAGCCCCUCCCCUUGGCGACGCUAUCGGUAUCCCAGCAACACCGUCCAUCAUCAUGCAUUGAUAUCUAUGUCUCAACUUCUGAGGAGGUGGGGCCUGCGGAGGUCUUCUUGGAUCCUCUCCGUGUGGUCCCGCCACUCCAGAGAGACUUGUCGCUGCAGUCAGAUAUUAUGGAGACGGUGUUGCCGGGAGGCCGGGACUUCAGCAGCGCUGCCACCAGCGGUCUGGGCGACAGGCACUCGGAGGGCAGGGCGGGCAGCAGCGCAACAGGUGGAGCUAUGUAUGACGACAGUGCAGCUGCUGAUUUGUCCUUGUGCUCGGCCCACCUCUUACCAGACACAACCUUACCUCCGUGGGACAUGGAACCAUCCCCACCUCCCUCAGCAGGGCUGCUUGAACGCUCUAAGAGCAGUCGCUACCUCUGUACGACAGGCGCAUCGUUCCUCGAUGAGCCUCCUCUGGUCAAAUCCCACAGCCUCAUGUUCACACCGAGAGGCUGCUACAGCGGACUGGGGGCAGGCGUCCAGGUAAAAGCUGCAGAGUACACCAGCAUCACUGACUGCAUCGAUACACGCUGUGUCUCAGCUCCAUACACUCCAGCAGAACGCUCCCACUCCCCUGGAGGCUCCACCUCAUUCCCCUUUGAUAAGCCUUCAGACAUUGGCUCCUCUCACCCGGAGAGAGAGGCAGAGCUUAGUCACACUGAGUCUGAUCCAGAGGACCCUGAGGACCUGAUUCCAGCCCCUGAUACCCCUCGCCUAGGGGGCCUUGGCGGGCCCAGUGGGGCCCCUCUCUGCUCCCCCUUCUCCAGGCUUGAGCGGGCAAACAGCUGCUCCUCAGAUGACUCCCAUCCUUCCCUCACGCUGGCCCCUCCGCACCGGAAGAGCCUGUCAGUGAGUGAGAGGAUGGAGAGGGGAUCGGGUCUGGGGGCAGACAGGGGGCCUGGGCCGGGGGGCCGGGGUCUGGCAGGAACCAGAAACCCCUUCCUCAGGAGCAAGUCUGGAGCACGGCCUGAGACAGCCAAAACUGACAGCCUCUCCAUGAGGAAACUGGCCACUCCGUCAGCUUUCCGCAGCUUUGAUAGACAAAACUACACGUGACAAGGACACUGGUCAGCUCAUUCACAUACUGAUAGGAGCAGGGAGGAAAAGGGCCCGGGGCAAAAGUGAAAGCAUGGGGGAGUUGCCCGUUGCUCCUAAUCUGGACAAGAUCUACAGUUUUUACACUUAUGUUUUAGUCUAGAGAAGGUUAUAAAAGUUUCUUCAUAGUACGUGCUGGGGGGGGCAACUUUACCCUGGAUCAUGAAACAGGAAGAAGGGAUGUUAGAUGCAGAGGUCCUACUGUACACCAGUCAAAUACAAAGAGCUAUGAAUCUAGACUAGUUUUUACCUCUUCUUGUAGCUGAGUAUCUCUCAAUGGGGUGUUAUGGCAAUGGAAGGUGUCUUUGUACUGUGUGUCUUCCACCCACCACCUUUACGUCGAGUAGACAGCUGUCACUGUUACAUUACAUAUCAAUCACAUUAGUCAGAGAAAGUGUUCCUCCCAGCUGUUUCGUAUGGUAGAACCUGCCAUGUCUGACGGACGGACACAGAGAGAGGAGGAGGAACCAUAUAACCACCACCUCAUUUUGUCAGUUUGUCUUAGCAUAGAGUCAUUGCUGUCACUAAACUGAACGUUCACAUCAAGUACAUUUCCCUCUCUUUAUCCUAACUCCACACUGUACGACCCCAGCACAAGCAAAGCAAAGCUGACAUUUCUCUGGCUGGUCCAUAACGGAAUCAGCAAAGUGUUUGGAAACCCUCGUGUUUCGAAGACAAUGGCAGUAACAUGGCAACAACUUACCUCUGGAUACACAAACACACCUUUCAAAUAAUCAAUAUUUAUAUCAAACGUGUUUUUCGUUCACGUAUUGUAGCAAAAUGUAUCUACAGGACUGUAUUUAUUUCUUCUGUCGGAUCAGCCAGAAAAAGAAAGCCGUGUUGUAACUCAUGCCAGACAGCUGCAGGUCUCCAGUCCAUCUGUUCCUGCAGUGACUGGACGAGUUCAAUCUGUUUGAUUAGCCACGCGAUACAACUGAGAGGGAAAAAGUGAGAGAGAAAAUGUGACACGAAGUCUGAAAUCAGCAGGAGACAAUAUCCAGUGUUUUACCGCUCAGGCUUUCACCACGGACUCCAGGCAUGAGUCUGUAUAUCAGGAAAGUGAGUCAGUGCUUCGAAGGCCAACGCAUGAGAAAGGGAAUGAGAUCAGACAAGUUCUUUGGAAGUGCGUGUUGACAUUCUCAUACACAUGACUGCACACAGACAUGAUCAGUAAAAUCUUACUCACUGUUGGUAAUAAACUCAACUUCAUACCUGAGCCCAGAGAUUUAACAAGUGCAAUUGCAAAAAACGGGGGCAAGAGGGCGCUGUGAGCCUAUUUGAGAGGCAAUGCUUGCUGGGUGAACCUGGGGCAAGUUUGGUGGUGUGUUGAGCACCCUGUUGUGUUAAUACACACGUCACUGCUGACUCACGUUUGGAUUUUCUGAGUAUCAUGUUGCACAAUAAUAAUUACAUUUAAUCUUGAAUCUGUAUUGGGCUACACCUCUAACACACCCACCAAACAAAAGAACACUCAACCACCUUAACAGGUUUCAAGGAAACACAUUGUUCAACCAGGAAAAUUGUAGCCAAACGUCCCGUGAUUGAACAUGCCCCCUAGUGUGAACUUAUCUCCGCCUGCACCUGACUCCAAAAAAUUCCUUCCACUUCACCAAUUGUAGCUCUCUUGUAGCCCAGACCUCCACCCCCUCCUUCAGGUUUUGGCAGUGGAAACGUUUUCAGGAGGAUUGACUCUCAUUCUAAAUCAUGAUUUAUAUUAUAUUUUGCAACAGGCAUGUUUCUUGCAGUUUAUUUGGUUUACCUCUGCUCCUCGGCCCGAGUCUGUAAAACACAGUCAACGUAUGUGUCAGGUUGUUGUAUUCACAUAAAACAGUGCACAGGCAUUAUGUUGCAAUGGUUUUUACAUCCACCAACAGCUAAUGGAUCCGUCCUUCAUCUCUUCCAUAACUGUCUUUCAUUUGCUUUUCUCUUGUAUUUAUUUAUUAUUUAUUAUCUUUAUUGCGUUCAGCUUCUGCAAAAGCAGACUUUGAAAAGAAAGCACUUGCCCCCAUGAGUCAGCCCAUUAUAAACCAUCAACUGGUACAGAAGAGGUCCUGAGGAGGAGGAGCUCAUUUAUGAAUACAAAAAGAAACACGCUUGGGAAUAAACUUUCAAGUAUAUGCAUUCUAGCUGAGAUUAAAGAAGGGUGUGUAUUCACGCAGGAAGAAAAGUGGGACUAUUAUUGAAAAGAUGAAAGCCAGAUAAGUGUUUUAAAAUUUUCUAAUUUUUUUUUUUAUUCUAGUAGCGGAAGAAGUGUGGUGUUGGUGGUGGGGGAGAAGAUGUCCUUCUUUAAUCGCUCUAUAAAGAUAAAAUAUAGGUGAAAUUAUUAGAAUUCCUACUGAUUUUUUUAAUGUUUGUUUUAUAUUUCCUCGCUAUUAUAAUUCAUUUCAA